AUGGCGCCGAGGAAGAAGAGUGCGGCGAUCAAGUCGAGCGGCGCGACAUCGUCGAAGGCCGCGCCGUUGCCUGACUGGGUCAAAGGCGGCGGACCCAAACCGCCGCCUCCUACUGGCACGAACAAGGAUGGGACAGCGCAGCUGUUCCCCCCGCGAUUCAAGACGCCUCUGAACAUCAUGUACGAGCGUAUCCAGAAAAUGCCUGGGUGGCUCAAACCGGAGGUCGAGCCGAUCAAACGCAAGGAUGGAUAUACGUGUGUCAUUACGCUUCGUAAGGAAAACAAGCAGGAUCGGUCAAACCCAUUCACGAUCCGCAUGGAGCCCAAAGAGCCUGGCGCACGCUUGGCCUGCGAAUCGAGUUUGCAUGCCAAGCACUGGGGCGCGACUUAUGUCCUUUUUCGCCUCUUUAACCACCUAGGCCUCCAUCGUGUGCUGCCGCCUGGUCCUCGUGAGUACUGGCUCGAGCUGGAAUCUGUGAAGGCCCAAGCACCGGAAAGUGAUGCGUGGAAAUGGGCGGCCGAUCCGUUUGAGGCGAUCGCCAAACGCGAUGCGGAGGCAGAAGCCCGGGAAAAAGAAAAGGCAGCACGCGAGGCCGCCAAGAACGAUCCAUCCAAGAAGCCUAUGAGCAAGGCAUGGCAGCGUGCACAAGAAGUGCGUAUGGCGCCUGCUCUACGUGAGCUGGUCGAAAACACUAUUCGUGCUCGAAUGAGUGAACUGCCAAUUACGACAGAGACAAAUACUGUGCGUGACAAGAUGGCAUCUCUCUCGCUGGAUAAAAAGGCCCUGGAGCGCGAACUAAGUGCCCUUGGUGUACGUCCAGGCUACAUACGUCGAGUACUUGCCUGGCUGGAAGAUGCGCGAACCAAGUAUGCCUCAUCUGCUGCACAGGAGCAGCUUCAAAAGGCACACCCGCUGCUUUCUUCCAUUCUGGCGCUACCGAAUCGAGAAGCAGCGCUUGAAUACAUUGUACUGUACACGCCCGAGCAAGAUUUGCCUGUCAAGCUUCGCCCUACCGCUUCCUCUGAGUCGUUCGUUACAAUGGCGGCAAGUGGUAGUGAUCAGGAACAACUGGUGGAUCGGUGGACUGUGGACAAGCUAUCUCGUUGUGCAGGCUUCCCUCGCGAAAACAUUGCUCGGGCCUUGGCGGCGGUGCGCGAGGCAGAGGUCACCGACUCGAUCCCAGCACGAGAAGGAUUGGUCCUCGAUCUGCUACUGCAUCAACUGAUGGGCGCACAUUAUGCUCUGUCGCAAGCUCGUCUUUGCGAGCCUGACGAGGCACUGACACAAAAACGAGCCGAUGAGCGUGCGUUGCUUCUCGCAUGCAUGAGCGACGAUGAUGUACGUUCUGUGCCGGACAAGGAUGCCAUUCACGCUGAGGACUACGAUGUGCAUAUUGGUACGCAUGAAGGGGAGGAUGUUUAUUUGCGUGUGACAUUGCAUCCCAUGUCACACUACUUGGAAAAUGGCGCGGCUCUGCCUACCAUAUACGUUACAAGCUCCAAGCUACCCACAUUUCUUCGACUGGCGCUUACACGCCAUGCGAUGCAAUGUCUAUGUGGAAAACGUGCCGAUAUUCGAGAAACUCUCGAAGCAGAGGAAGGUGGAGUCCUGUUUUUACUGUGUGAAGAGCUUAAGGAGCAGUUGCCGACGUUCCUCAACGACCCUCCUGCCUUGGACGAAGUGAUGGAACAUCUCGUCGAGGCUGCUCCGACGACCGCAGCACGUGCUAUUCACCAAACGGAAGCGACACGCCCGACCGCUGUGCCACGCAAAGGAGGUCCACGCGCGGCGCGGCCGCUCCAACGUGAGGCCCAUGUGGAUGAAACGCUGCAAGCGACGCAGCAGCGCUGCUAUGCUUCUGCUUCGUACCGUGACUCGAUCGGGCGUGUACGUGAAUCUCUUCCAGCCUUUGCAGCGCGCGAAAAGCUGCUUGAAACACUACGUACACAGCGUGUGGUUUUGAUUGCCGGUGAAACGGGUUGUGGUAAGACGACGCAAGUACCUCAGUUCUUACUGGACGAUGCUAUUGAACGGGGAUGUGGCAGUCUUUGCAGUAUUGUUGUUACUCAGCCACGCCGAGUUUCUGCGAUGGGUGUUGCUGCGCGUGUAGCGGCUGAGCGAGGGGAGACAUUGGACGCGUCCAUGAAAGACGACCAGCAAGUCGGCUACGCUAUCCGUGGUGAGCGUCGCGCUGGGCGCGGAUGCCGUCUACUUUUCACAACCACUGGUGUGCUGCUUCGUCGAAUGGCGACAGGUGUAGAUCCUCAUCUGCAAUCGAUUUCUCAUGUGAUUGUGGACGAGGUCCAUGAGCGCAGUACCGAUUCUGACUUUCUGCUACUGCUACUCCGUGAUGUGCUGGUAAAGAACCCUCAUUUGCAUGUCGUGCUGAUGAGUGCUACGAUUCAGGCGGAUACAUUUACCUCGUACUUUGAUGGGGCGCCGUACUUUUUCAUUCCAGGACGUACGUUCCCUGUGCAGGAUCACUACCUGGAAGAUAUUGUGCGCUACACAUCGUACCGCUCUGCGUACCCGACUUCGCGUGUCGACGAGCGUAUUGAGGCGUUGUACGAUGCAACAGACAUGGACGAAGAUGCGAUGCGGACGAUGCGGACGCUCGUAUCCUCGCCACGCAUUGACUACGAUCUGUUGGCUCAGACGGUUGCAUAUGCGUGUGAGCGAGCUACCAAGGUAGAUGGCACAGGCUCUCUUCGUGGCUGUGCAGCCAUCCUUGUCUUCUGCCCAGGUGUGGGCGAGAUUCGGCAAGCGAUGGACGCCAUUGCCGCCCUGCAGCUCCGUGAUAUUGUGCUCUUGCCCUUGCAUGCCAAUCUGCCCGCCAGUGAACAGCGCCGUGUCUUCCAGCCCGUGGGUGCGCGCCAACGCAAAGUGGUGGUAUCGACGAAUGUGGCAGAGACGUCGAUUACCAUUCCUGAGGUGUGCUAUGUCAUUGAUACCGGGCGUGUGCGUGAGGCGCAGUACGAUGCUCAGGCCGGUGUCACGCGUCUUCUGGAUGCAUGGGCUUCUCGCGCAGCCUGCAAGCAGCGCGCAGGUCGUGCAGGUCGUACGAUGCCUGGCGAGUGUUUCCGGCUGUACACACGUGUCGUGGAAGCGCAGCAUCAACGUGCCCAGUCUGUCCCAGAAAUACAACGUACGCCGCUGGAAGGUGUGGUCCUGCAGGUCAAGGCGUUGCAGCCAAAGGGCGAUGUGAAAGCGUUCUUGCAGAAAGCCAUCGAUCCACCCUCCAUGGACGCCCUGGAAGCGACGCAUACGCGCUUAGUGAUUGCCGGCGCCUUGCAUGCGGAGGGCGGGUACAGUGCCACGCUCACGCCCCUGGGUCGUCACCUGGCCACGCUGCCGCUGGACGUGCGGCAAGGCAAGAUGCUGGUUCUUGCGUGCCUCUUUGAGUGUGUGGAGCCGCUGCUGCAUGUGGUCACAUUGCUGUCCACGCGUCCUAUGGUGGCAGGCUCGAUGCAGCAUGAUACGAGUGCGACACAAGCUCGUGCACAAUUCUUGAUUGGCCAAAGUGAUCUGCUCACGCAAGCGCAUCUCCUCGCGACGUGGCUGCGUAUGCGGUUUGAAAAGGCGCCUAUGCGGCAGCAGCGGCAGUUCUGUGACACGCAUGGUCUUUCGCUGCAAGCGCUGCAGGAGAUGGAGCUUACGCGAGCGACGCUUCUUCGUCAGCUGGAAGAGGUGGGGCUGGUAGACCGAGCCUACGUACAAGGCUACCGCGAGCAAGGUCCACGCUGGCCGACGCAAGCCUCGAGCCUGUCCUACGAUACCCACAGCCAGAACAUCAACGUGCUACGUUCCCUGCUGCUUGCCGCGCUAUGGCCCUCGGUCGUGCGUGUGGAUGCGCCGUCUGCGAAGUACAAUGCGUCAGCGUCGGGGGCUGUGCUGAAAGAGGCGCAGGCCAAGGAACUGCACUACUUUGACGAACAGGACGGCCGCGUGUUCCUGCACCCGAGCUCGCUGCUCUUUCAUGCGACCAAGUACAAAUCCAACUAUGUUGUUGCCUUCCAGAAGAGUGCGAGUGGUGCCGCAGAUGCGGCGCGUACCUAUUUGCGCGAUGUGACAGAGGUGCCGCUGUACGCUCUGCUUCUGUUUGGCGGUCCGUUGUACGUCGACCACGAAGUGGGCGGGAUGACCAUCUCUACCGGCAUGGAGCCCAGUGCGGAUGCCUGGGUACGUGUGCGUGCGAAUUCGCGCAUUGGUGUGCUAUGCCGUCAACUACGUCAGCUCCUGGAUCGCGCCUUGGAAGAGGGUGUGGAAGAUCCACAUGCGUGGGUAUCUGCGUCGCACCAAGAGGUGGUCCGCGUUAUGAUGGCGCUGGUAUCGCAGGAUGGUCUGGAGUCCACGACGUCGGCGCCUGGACCAUGA